GAUGUUCAGUUUCUUAUCCACAGUCUCGAUUUAGACUCAUCUCAUUCGUGCCUGGGCUCUGUUUUCUCAUCCAGUGUCUUCGGUUUAAAUUCAUCUCAUCCGUGCCUGGGCUCUGUGAACAGGGUACUCGAGCAUGGAGAAGGAGUGGAGAUUACUUGGUUUCCUUGUUCUGUCAUUAUGUUUUCUUGUCAGCAAUGGUCAAAACAUUGUCUGUACACAGAACACAGUGGCUGACAUUGUAUUCCUGGUGGAUGGCUCUUCCAGUAUUGGGCCAGAGAACUUCCAGCAAAUCCGUGAAUUCCUCUCCUCACUCGUAGAGAACUUUGAAGUUGCUCCUGACAGAAUCAGGAUUGGUUUGGUCCAGUACACUGACACACCAUAUACUGAAUUCACACUCAACACUUACCAGAACAAAGAGGAAAUUCUCAGCUACAUCCAAAAUCUGCGUUAUAAAACCGGCGGGACAUUUACCGGCAAGGGUUUGGAGUUUAUGCUGAAACAACACUUUGUUGAAAAGGCCGGAAGUCGAGCACAGCAGAAUGUUCCUCAGAUUGCCAUUGUUAUCACAGAUGGUGACUCUCAAGAUGAGGUCGAGUCACAGGCUCAGGAGCUGAGGCAAAGGGGAAUCAAAAUAUUCGCCAUAGGGAUCAAAGAUGCAAACAUGGCGUUACUGAGGGACAUCGUGAGUGAGCCGUACGAUCAGCAUCUCUACAGUGUAUCAGACUUUGUAGCUCUGCAAGGAAUCUUUCAGGGGGUAAUUGGGAAAGUGUGUACCACUGUAGAGGAAACCCAAAAAGAUGUCAUCCUGAUGUCAAGAGGCUGCACCGAAACUCAGGCAGACAUUGUGCUCCUUGUUGACUCAUCUGGUAGCAUUGGAGAGAGUGAUUUCGAAGAAGUGAGGAAGUUCCUCCAUUUUUUUGUGGACAGUUUUAACCUUGGACCCGACAAGGUGAGAGUGGGACUUGCUCAGUUCAGUGACAGACCGUACCAAGAGUUCCUGCUCGGUGAAUAUUCAGAUAAGGGAGACCUGCACCAAAAGUUGAAUGAUCUCAUCUACCGUAAAGGACGCACCAACACUGGUCAGGCUCUGACUUUCAUCCGUGAGAAUUACUUUACACAGGCCAGAGAGAAAGUUCCUGGCAUUGCCAUAGUCAUCACAGAUGGGGUAUCAAAUGAUGAUGUGGAGGAACCUUCCCAAAGACUACGAAGCCUAGGAGUUUCAAUCUUUGUCGUCAGGGUGGGAAGGGCCAACAUGGAAACACUGCGUACCAUUGCUAAUAUCCCACAUGAAGAGUUCUUAUUCAGUAUCGACAGUUAUCAAGAACUGCAAGGUCUAAAAGAAAGUCUUCGCAACAAGGUGUGCCUUACUGUCACACUCCAGUCACAAGCUUUUGAGCCAAAAUUUGCUGAUCUCUUCAUAUUGGUUGAUAGUUCAGCAUCUAGACAAGAGCUGCAAAUAAUAAGGAAUUUUCUUCAAAGACUGAUCCAGCAGCUCAAUGUGGGAAAGAAUACUAAUCGUGUCGGCCUGGCUCAGUUCAGCGAAAAUGUCAAGGAGGAGUUCUUGCUAAAUACUGAUAAGACCAGGAAUGAGAUUUUGGCAUCUGUUCGCAGCCUGACACUGAGGCCUACAGGGGAGCGUAGAAUUGGCAAUGCAAUUGAAUAUGCUCACAAAAAUUUCUUCAGUACUGCCACUGGAAGCCGAGUCUCUGAAGGCUCUAAGCAGUUUCUGUUAGUAAUUUCAGCUGGAGAAUCCGCCGAUGGUGUAAUCCAAGCAUCCCGCAGAAUCAGAAAAGAUGCAGUGACAGUUUUUGCUGUUGGCUUGAGCAAAGCUGAUGCAAAUCAAAUGAAGGACAUCUCUAGUCCACCACACAACUACAAGUUAGUAGGUAACAUCCAACAAGUACUACAACAAAUUACGUAUUCCAUUGACAAAUGGGAAGAUGCUGCUGUCGCAAGGGAGUGCAUGUUUGACAGGGUGGCAGAUAUUGCUUUUAUUGUUGAUCAGUGCGAAAAUAUCAGAUCUGAAAAAUUCCAACUGGUGCGCAACUUUCUCAAGAACACCAUCGGAGGUCUCGACGUGGGUGAGGGAAAAAUAAAAAUAGCUGUGGUCCUCUAUAGUGACAUCCCUCGAGCAGAUGUGUACUUCAACACCUUCGAUGAUAAGACUGACAUCCUGCGCUAUAUCAGCAGCAUGCCAUAUGGUCGUGGUAAACCAUACACUGGAGCUGCUCUCACGUUUGCCAAAGACAAAGUGUUCACCAAAGAAAGAGGUAGCAGAAGAGAUCAGAAUGUUCAGCAGGUUGCUGUUGUGAUCACUGAUGGAAAGUCAACAGAUGAGGUGGCCAGUGCUGCGGCAGCAUUGCGGCGAUCUGGCGUCACUGUAUUUGCGCUUGGUAUCAAAGACACAGAGGAGGAGGACUUGAGAGAGAUUGCAUCAUAUCCAUAUAAAAAGUUUGUGUUCAAUGUGAAAGAAUUUGAUGAACUAAAUUCACUUUCAAAUAUUUUAACCAAAACACUUUGCAAUGAAAUCACAGAUUCCUUGAUACCUACAGGCUCACAGAGCUUUGCAUUGCAAGGUUGCAAGCAAACAACCAAAGCUGACAUAUACUUCCUUUUGGAUGAUUCAGGAAGUAUUCAAAAUAAUGAGUUUGAUGAUAUGAAGGCCUUUACUAAGCAAUUGCUUAAAGCAUUUGAGAUUGGACAAAACCAUGUGCGCUUUGGGUUGGUUACAUUUGCAGACAAUGCAAACAUAGUUUUUAGAGUACAUGAAUAUAACUCAAAAGCUGAUAUCGAAAAUGCAGUGACAUCCCUCAUACAUAAGGGAGGGGGCACCAGGACUGAUCUGGGAUUGAGAAAAAUGAUCCCGCUGUUCGGAGAAGCUGUACGGACACAUGGGGAAGAGGUCCGAAAGAUUCUUAUUGUCAUCACAGAUGGCGAGUCAAUAGGGACAGCCGAGCCCGUAAAAGUACCUGCUAAUCUGCUGAGAACAGAACAUAAUGUCAUCAUUUAUGCUAUUGGUGUGAAAAAUGCAUCUGUGCCAGAGCUGGGAGAUAUAUCUGGCAGCACAGAAAGAACAUUUUAUGUCAAAAACUAUGAUUUCCUUAAUGAAAUCAAGAAAGAUAUCAUUACAGAAAUAUGCGGUUGUGAAGGUCUUUUGGCAGAUGUUGUCUUUCUGCUUGAUGGAUCAGAAAGCGUUCAUGCUGAGGACUUUGAAAAUAUGAAGGAGAUAAUGAAGCUUGUGAUAGAUAAGUUUGCAAUUGGACUGGACAAGGAGCGUGUUGCGGUUGUUCAGUACGGCACAAACACAAAGGAGGAGUUUUCAUUAAAUACAUUUAAAGAUAAAGAUAAAUUAUCAGAGGAAAUUAUGAAUAUUAAAAAGAUGAAUGGAGAAACGAAGACUGGAAACGCACUUACAGAAGUAUUAAAAUCUUUCUCCAUUUCUAAAGGAGGACGCUGCAGUGCUUUAAAGCUAUUGAUAGUUCUUACAGAUGGAGAGAGCAGGGAUGAUGUAGCCGAGCCUGCUAAAGUCUUGAGAGACAAUUUCAUCAACAUUAAUGCCAUUGGUAUGAAACAUGCAAACAAAUUACAGAUUCUUGCCAUUGCUGGAUCCCAUAAUGGAUCCGAAGAAGGAGCAUUCUUUGAAGAAACAUUUGCUUCCUCAAAAGACUUAAGUAAUGCCAUCCUUCCCACGAUCUGCAACACAGAAUGCAAGACAAAACAAAUUAUUGACAUAAUCUUCCUUGUUGAUGCCUCUGGAAGUCCCAAUAAAGAUGGUUUUCAAGAAAUUAUAAACUUAAUGAAAUAUAUGGUGAGCAAAUCUGUAGUUGGAGAAAAACAGGUACGAUUUGGGGCCAUCACCUACUCUGACAACCCGCAGCUGGAGUUCACACUAAAACAGUACUACAGUAAAAAUGAUAUUCAGAGGGUUAUCUCAAACCUCAAAGCUUCAGGAGGACGCAGAAACACGGCCAGAGCCCUGAAGUAUACACUCAACUACUUUGAUAAAAUUCAUGGUGGACGACGGGAAGAGAAAGUUCCCCAAGUGCUAUUACUGAUUACAGAUGGCAAGGCUAAUGACUUUAAUGGUCUGGCAAAAUGGCUUGAAACCCUUGCAGAGUCAAAUGUCAUCUUUUUUGCUAUUGGUAUCCAAGAUGCCGAUAAGACACAGCUAAAUCAGAUGGUGGGAUAUGAAGGAACAGUGCACUAUGCGAACACCUACAAUGAUCUGUGUGGACUACAAAAACAGGUCGCCCAAGAGCUCUGCGAACCAAUUUGUGAGAGGACACAGUUAGAUCUUGUUUUUUUAAUUGAUGGAUCAGAGUCUAUUAAAAAUGAAAGUUGGGUUGCUCUCAAAAGAUACAUGAUUGGCAUUGUGAGAGAGCUGGAUAUUGCUAAAGUCAAAUGGCAAGUGGCUGUUGCCCAGUUCAGCGAUAUAUUCAUGCAUUACUUUUACCUGAACACAUACAAUAGUUUUGAAGGAGUGAAGGAAGCUAUAAAAAAUAUUGAUCAGCGAGAACAGGGCACAUUUACGUGGAAUGCCCUGAGAAAUAUUCGAUACUACUUCACAAAAGAGAAUGGAUCCAGAAUAGAUGAAGGAGUAGCUCAGAAUCUCCUGCUGAUCACAGACGGAGAUGCUAAAGAUAAGGAAGACUUGACUGCAGUAAAAUAUCUCAGAGACAAGGGCAUAUCAAUUACUGGCAUUGGGAUAGGCAAAGAAAUACAGAAACAUGAGUUGCAGAAAAUGACUGGAGAGAAUCAGGUCCUUAUUGAAUCUUUUGAUGGCCUUGAACUGAUGACAACCAGAAGGAGAGUGUUACAUUUACUCUGUGACCAUGUCCCAGACGAUCAACCCACACGUGAUUGUGAUAUUGACAUUGCCUUUGGGUUUGACGUGUCCAGACGAACAAGCACACAAACUCUGUUCAGACCUCAGGUGGAACAGUUGGUUUCUGCAGCCAUCCAUCGUAUCUCCAUGAUUGGUGAUCUGUGCUGCGUCGCAAAGGACAAGAUUACAACUAGAUUUGGCUAUAGGCUUGUGUCUGGGACAGAUGCGAGAGUUCUGGAAGAUUAUGGCUUUGACAAGUACAGCGAGGAUGUGGUGAAGAAAGUGAUGUCAUGGCGACCUACUGAACCCCUGGACUUUAACAAGCUUCUGUUAGAUUCCUUCAGAGAAAAGUUUGUCUCUUCCAAAGCCAAGGCAAAGGUUUUGAUAAUCUUCACAGACGGGCUGGAUGAUGAAAUUGAGCAUUUAAAGGAGAGGUCAGAGAAACUUAGGCAAAGUGGGGUCAGUGCACUGCUGAUUGUGUCUUUGGAGGGAACAGUAGACUUUCACGAGCUGGAAUUUGGCAGAAGUGUCGGCCCAUCGCAGCCACUGUCCAUCAACAUGCUAAAUGUAGGCAACGCUCUCAUGAAACAGAUUGAAACAGUAGCGCUGAGGGAAUGCUGCGAUGUGCCUUGUUCAUGCACUGGUGAUCCUGGACCACGAGGACCCCCUGGAAACCCGGGUAAAAAGGGCUUAGAUGGUCAGAAAGGCCAUCCUGGAUUUCCAGGAGAUGAAGGUAGUAUGGGAGAGAGAGGACCACCAGGACCGAAUGGAUCUAAGGGACACAAUGGUUGCCGCGGAAACAGAGGAAUGAAGGGCCAGAGAGGCAUCGCUGGAAAUAAAGGAGAAGCUGGGGAAGAUGGGCUGGAUGGAGUGGAUGGAGAACAGGGUGAUGCUGGCCUAAAUGGGCUUCCAGGACCUAAAGGAGACCCGGGCAGUGCUAAUAUGAAGGGUUUCAGAGGCAGUCCUGGACCUAAGGGACACAGCGGAGUGAGAGGAGAUCCUGGUGCACCAGGAAGAGACAACACAAUCCGAGGUCCAAAAGGCGAGAGGGGAGAUACUGGGCUCCCGGGUGACCAGGGCCUUCCUGGACCCUCAGGCAGACCUGGAGAUAACGGUGAUCCUGGUGCUCCAGGAAGAAAAGGCCGACCAGGAGCGCCGGGUGCAUCUUCAAAUGCCAAAGGGAGAAGCUGGACAGCCAGGGCUUCCUGGUUAUCCUGGACAAGUGGGACCACAGGCCAGAAUGGGUUUCAAGGAGACAAAGGUCCUCCAGGUGUACCUGGAAUGCAGGUGGUGGGCCGGCCUGCCGGCCGUUAUGGAGUAUCCCGCCGUUCUCCAGAUCACAGGACAGAUGACCAGUCCGCCCCUGUUCGUG